GCCGCUUCUUCUUCUUCUUCUUCCAGAAGGUCAACCUGCUUUUCUGGCUUGCUGCUACAUCUGCGUUACUGCUUCUUCAUCUGUGCGUAUGGAGAACGCACAUGAAACGAAGAACUUUUCUUUCCCCUCAGAGGAAGAAAACGUCCUGCGCUUUUGGAGGGAUAUUGACGCCUUUCAUACCCAACUUGAGCGCACAAAGGGCUGCCCGGAGUUCGUAUUUUACGAUGGCCCUCCUUUUGCGACCGGCAUGCCCCAUUACGGACACAUCCUGGCGGGCACCAUCAAGGACAUUGUCACCCGCUACAAGUCCAUGACGGGUCACCACGUCACUCGCCGUUUCGGUUGGGACUGCCAUGGUGUCCCAGUCGAAGCUGAAAUCAUGAAAAAGUUUGGAAUCACUGGUAGACGCCAUGUUCUUGAAAUGGGUAUUAAAAAAUUCAAUGUGGGAGCAAUUGGUCACCAGGACAGGAAGGUGGAUCGACUUUCAGCAAGGGUAUAAAACUAUGGACUUCAAUUUCAUGGAAACUGUUUGGUGGGUUUUUGAAAAGCUUCACUCCAAGGGACUUGUGUAUAGGGCGUUCAAGGUGAGCAGAGUCGUUUUUCUUCUACUAAUUUAGUUGAUAUGUUGCACGGAAACAUAAAAAUCAAAUCUUGGGAAACGGGAAACAUGAAACUCCAACUUUUAGUAAAAAAAUACUACUACUUAGUGAGUUUCUAAAAUGGAAAGGUACUCUUUCCCGAGAGUUUCCGUGCUACAUGGAAUGUAUCUAUAUGUAUAUGUGUGUUUCUAAAUGUCUGUAUGGUUGUUCCUUUCACUACCUUACAAACAUAUAAGCAAUUGGUCCAUUCACAGCUGCAUUGUUAUUUGUUUUAUGCACAUGAGCACAUCUGCAGGUUAUGCCCUGCACAACAGCUUUCGAGACCCCUCUGUCAAACUUUGAAGCUGAUUUAAAUAAAAGACCUGUCACUGACCCUUCUAUAAUGGUGUCCUUCCCAAUUGUUAAUGAUCCCCAGAAUGCAGCUUUUGUAGCCUGGACAACCACGCCUUGGACUCUUCCAUCUAAUCUCGCUCUCUGUGUUAAUCCCAGCUUAGAAUAUGUCAAGGUUCGCAACAAAUAUUCAGGAAGUAUCUAUGUGGUUGCUCAUUGUAGUUUGUCAGAACUUCCGCCUGAGACACCGAAUUGCAAAGACUACCCCAUAGUUGAUCUGACGGAUUGUUAUGAAGUCUUGGAUAGAUUCCUGGGAAGUUCCCUUGUCAAUAUCAAGUACGAGCCGUUAUUUGAUUACUUCAUGGAGUUCUCUCACGUUGCUUUCAGAGUUGUCUGCGAUGAUUCUGUAUCCGGUCAAUGUGGCACUGGGGUUGUCCAUUAUGCUCCUCAAUUUGGCGAGGAUGAUUUUCGUGUUUGUUUGGAGAAUGGAAUCAUCAACAAGAAAGAUUUGAUUGUACCAGUAAAUGAAGCUGGCUUAUUCACUGAGAAAAUUUCUGAUUAUUGUGGUCGCUAUUUCAAGGAUGCAGAUAAGGAUAUUAUUGGAAGAGUAAAGGCAAAAGGCAGGCUUGUCAAGUCUGGCACUGUGAAUCAUGUGAAAGCUUUUUGCUGGAGAUCUAAUACUCCUCUGAUAAACAGAGCUGUUUUGUGCUGGUUUGUUUGUGUGGAAAAGUUGAAAGAUCAGUUAUUGGAAGUUAACAGACAGACUUACUGGGUACCUGAUUUUGUGAAGGAUAAACGUUUCCAUAAUUGGCUUGAGAAUGCACGAGAUUGGGCUAUAAGCCGCAGUAGAUUUUGGGGUACUCCUAUUCCCGUAUGGAUUAGUGAGGACGGUGAAGAAAUAUUGGUCAUUGAUUCAGUUGAUAAGCUUGAAAGGUUUUCUGGCGUCAAGGUAGUUGAUCUCCACAGAGAAAAUGUAGAUAAUAUCACGAUCCCUUCUUGCCGUGGUUCUGAGUUUGGUGUUCUUCGACGAGUAGAUGAUGUAUUUGAUUGCUGAUUUGAGAGUGGUUCCAUGCCGUAUGCUUACAUCCAUUAUCCAUUCGAGAAUACUGAGCUGUUCGAGAACAAUUUUCCUGGCCAUUUUGUGGCUGAAGGGAUUGAUCAAACCCGUGGAUGGUUUUAUGCUCUUACUGUACUGGCAACUGCGUUGUUUGGAAAGCCAGCAUUCAGGAAUCUAAUCUGCAAUGGGUUUGUUCUUGCUGAAGACGGAAAGAAGAUGAGUAAACAGUUGAAUAACUAUCCUUCACCAAUGGAUGUCAUCAAUGACUAUGGGGCCGAUGCUCUGCGGUUGUAUCUUAUAAACUCACCUGUUGUCCGUGCAGAAGACUUAUAUUUUAAAAAGGAAGGCGUGAAUGGUGUUGUUAAGGAUGUAUUUCUUCCGUGGUACAAUGUGUAUAGGUUCCUAGUUCAAAACUGCAAUAGACUUGAUGCUGAGGGCUCUCCAUUUAUCCCUUCUGAUCUAGCCUCUGUCCAAGUGUCACCUAAUGUGCUCGAUCAGUGGAUCAGCUCAGCAACUCACACUCUCGUGUCUUUUGUACGUAAAGAAAUGGAUGGUUAUAGACUUUACACGGUUGUUCCUUAUUUAUUGAAGUUUCUUGACUACCUGACAAACGUAUAUGUGCGGUUUAACCGCAAGAGACUGAAAGGUCUUACGGGAGAGGAAGAUUGUCAAACAGCUCUCUCAACCCUUUACAAUGUGCUCCUGGUUACAUGUAAAGUUAUGGCUCCUUUCACACCGUUCUUCACAGAAGUUCUGUACCAAAAUAUGAGAAGAGUUUGCAACGGAUCAGAAGAAAGCAUUCACUAUUGCAGUUUUCCUGAAGCCGAAGGAAAGACGGAAAACAAAAUCGAACGGAGUGUGCAAAGGAUGAUUACUGUUAUUGAUCUUGCACGCAAUAUUCGCGACCGUCAGAAGAAGCCCAUUAAGGAUCCUCUUAGGGAGAUGAUUGUGGUGCACCCAGAUGCUGAUUUUCUUAAUGACAUUGCCACAAAGCUAAAACAGUAUGUGUUGGACGAGCUCAAUGUGAAAACUAUUGUCCCAUGCAAUGAUGUUCUGAAAUAUGCUGAUUUACGUGCUGAGCCGAACUACAGUGUGUUAGGCAGGCGCCUUGGAAGAGAUAUGGGUGCGGUUGCCAAGGGAGUGAAAGCAAUGUCACAGUCAGAUAUUUUAGCUUUCGAAGAAGCUGGAGAAGCAGUUGUUGCUAUGCAUUCUUUGAAGAUGACAGAUAUCAAGGUUUUCCGUGAUUUCAAACGUCCACUAGGUAUGGAUGCGUGCGACAUUGAUGCAGCCGGAGAUGGAGAUGUUUUAGUGAUCUUGGAUCUACGUUCUGAUGAUUCUCUGCGUGAAUCUUGUGUUGCACGUGAGAUCGUUAGCGGAGUGCAGAAGCUACGGAAGAGAGCUAGCCUUGAACCAAAAGAUGCAGUUAAUGUUUAUUUGGAGUCGCCAGAUAAAGCAGUCAUUCAGCAAGUGUUGAAAUCACAGGAAAAAUACAUUGGGGAUGCACUUGGAUCUCGAGUGAUCUUUUUGAUGGCUGCAAUAGAUGAUGAAUUGCAGGUCAUCUCCGAAGGAAAUUUCCGAAGUAUUUAUAAAGUGACAUUCAGAGUGAUUCUAACCAAGUGCUAAGCUUUAUUGUUUGCUAACAGGAGAGAUGUAAAGUUAACUUUAUUUUUGCAAUCACUAAUCUAUUGAUUUAGGAUAGGUUGUUCAACAUAGGAUCGUGUUAAAUUAAAUCAUUUAGUGAUUCACCACGUCUACAAUUUGAGUAAAGUAAUUAACUUUUUGCAGUUUUAUUGUGUUGCGGACUUGCUGUGUUGCCCAUUAUUUUCAGUUUUGGUCAGCCUUGUUCAAGAUCUUUUUGUCCAUUA